UAUCAUUAGUGAAGGAGUGUAGAUUUUGCGGGUCUGCUGAGGUGCCCGUUUGUUGUGUGAUUUAUAACUGAAAUGGAAACGAAAUGUUGGUGCUGGACUUUGUUUUUUUAUUUAAUAUCGAUACAUUUAACGGUGAAUGGCUUUAACUUGGAAACACGUUUACCUUUGAUAAAAGAAAGUGACAGCGGUUCAUAUUUUGGGUUUUCAGUGGCACAACACAUUGAUAUUGAUGAUAAAGAAGCGAAUCGCUACCCCGUAUUACUUGUAGGAGCACCUCUAGCACGGAAUUAUCGAGCAGAAAGGAAUCACUCGGGCGCCCUCUAUAAAUGCGAGUUAAAGACAUACAGGAAGGACUGUAGUCAAAUUGACAUUACACCUGAUAGUGAAUCAUCUGAUGAAGUUGAUAAAGAUGGGCAAUGGCUUGGUGUUACCGUAGCAAGUCAAAAACCUGGUGGCUAUGUGGUGACCUGUGCUCAUCGAUAUGUUAUUAAAGGCCUAGGUUAUCGUUGGGGAGAAGGAAUUUGCUAUUCCUUUAAAUCAUCUUUAGUAUAUGAUCGUCAGUGGCAACCUUGUCAAUUCCUUAACAAAGGUCAUGAAGAGUUUGGUUAUUGUCAAGCUGGAGUUAGUGUAUACGUGUUGGAGAACAAUGAAGUAGCAUUUGGUACUCCAGGACCAUAUACAUGGAAAGGAACCUUGUUUGUGAAUAAUGUUCGAUUCGAUAUUUGGGAUGAUACAUUUUGGCAUAGAGGUCCCUUAAACAAUGAUUCACCAGUUGGAAAAUAUAGUUACCUUGGAAUGUCAGUUACAGGAGGGAAGUUCUUUGGAAGUCACACCAGUUUUGUGGGAGGUGCUCCACGUUCAAAUGGUACAGGCCAAGUAGUGUUCUUUAAGAAGUUAAAGGUGAAUGAUGACUCUAAAUUUUCAGUUGAACAUAUACUGGAUGGGGAACAGUUUUUGUCUUCUUUUGGUUAUGCAUUGGCAUCUUUGGAUAUCAAUGGAGAUGGGGCUUUGGAUCUUGCCGUUGGAGCUCCAUUUUACUUUAGUGAAAAAGGAGGAGGAGCUGUGUAUGCUUACAUAAACACAGAGAAUGAUUUUAACGACUCAAAGAGAAUAAAGGUAACUGGAAAAGCACAAUCUGCAUUUGGCUUGACUUUAUCAAAUGCAGGAGAUUUAAAUAAAGAUGGAUACAGUGAUCUAGCAGUUGGUGCACCCUAUGAAGAAAGUGGCAAAGGUGCAGUUUACAUUUACUUAGGAUCUGCAGAAGGUCUUAUUACAAAGGCAGCUCAGGCCAUCAGACCAUCAGAUUUUCCUGAGAAAGCUCUGCCAAGAGUAGGAUUAAGAACAUUUGGUUAUUCUUUAUCAGGAGGGUUGGACAUGGAUUCAAAUGGAUACCCAGAUCUUCUCAUUGGAGCAUACGAAAGUGAUGCUGCUAUACUCUUGAGAUCACGGCCUAUUAUUGGUUUAGAAACUACUGUCACUGGUAACUAUACUGACAUUGAUCCGCAGAGAGCAGGAUGUAUAGAAGAUCCAACAUCAAACCAAGUAUGCUUUUCAUUCAGUGCCUGUUUUAAAAUCACUGAUACUGGUUCUGAUUUAAAAAUCAGAUAUAAGAUUGAGGAAGCAGCCUCCGCUGUUAAAUACUAUCGGGUAAUUUUCAACUCAUCUUAUGAUGCAGAAGCUCCAAAUGUUGUAACUGAAGAUCUUUCAGUUUCAAUGGGAGAAAGAAAGUGCAAGAAAGAAGUGAUCUACCUAAAGGACAAAACAGAUAUCCAAACUCCUAUCAAAUUCAAGCUACUUUACUCAUUAAUCCAAGAGGAUCCACCUCUGCCUCAGGAAGGAGAUGAGUUGCCUGAUCUAAAUAAGUAUCCAAUUCUUAAUAAACAAAAAUCAUUAAAGAUAUUUGAGGCUACUUUUUUGAAGAACUGUGGAGAUGAUGAAGUAUGUCAGAGUAACUUGGAACUGCUACUUGAGUUUGAGCUUUCAAAGCCACUAGGUGCUACACAUCACCAAAAGCUCUACUUGGGAGAAAAGUUUUUCAACAUCUCUGUGACAGUUAGAAAUUAUAACGAACCAGCUUAUAAUGCAGCAUUCUUCAUUUCCCAUCCCAAAAGCAUAAGCUAUGUGAAUAAUUUCAAGAAGGACUAUGAGCUAAACAUUGAAUGUAAGCCAGUCACAGAAUCAUUAGUAAAAUGCACUCUGGGUAAUCCAUUUACCUUAAAAGAAGUAGUUGUUCAGGUUAAGUUUGAUACCCGAAGGAUCAGAGAUGAUGAAAACUGGCUGACCUUUGAUGUGAAAGUGAAUACUACAAGUGUGAAUACAGCAGAGAAUACUACCUCCCACUUCGAGCUUGAAAUUAUACGGCUUGCAGAACUAAAAUUACGUGGUGUAUCUAAGCCAGAGCAAGUAUUAUAUAGUGAUGAAAUUAAAGAAGAGACAGUGAUGAUGUCUGAGACUGAUGUUGGUACCCCUGUUAUUCACACCUAUGAGAUUAUCAAUGAUGGACCAUUUCGAGCCAGAGAGGUACAGGUUGAGAUCUCUUGGCCAUAUGAACUUGGAAAUAACAAAAAUAAGGAACAAUAUGUGCUUUAUUUAAUGGAAACCCCAAAGGUUUAUGGGAAUGGCUACUGCCUAUUGGAUGAAAAAUGGGUGAAUCCUCAUAGUAUUGGGUCUAAGAACUUGGCUGAAAAGGGAAGCAAUAGUGUAAAUACUAUUCGAAGGAAGAGAGAAGCAGCUACUGUGCACGAGGAAAAAUUGGUUGAUGGAAAGGCUGUCAAAUAUGUGGCAUUGGACUGUGAAAAUGACAGUUUCAAGAUCAAAUGUCUAAACAUCACAUGCACCAUUAAUAAUCUUGAAGCCAGAAGUAGUAAUGUUAUAAAUAUAAAGGCUCUUCUUUGGAAUAGCACAUUUGUCCAGGAAUAUCCAAAAGUAGACUACGUUAGUAUUAUUUCCAGAGGGAAGAUCCACCUUAUAUCUAGCCUAGAUAUAGAACAAAACACAACCAAUGAUGAAGCUAAAGCUGAAACGAAAGCUUAUUCGGAUGUACAUUUUUCUAAAACAGAGAAGAAAACACCCAUUCUGUUUAUCAUAGUUUCUGUGGCUUGUGGCAUUCUCUUACUUGUAAUUGUUGUUAUAAUUCUGUGGAGGUGUGGAUUUUUCAGAAGACCUUUACAGCAAUAUACUGUAGUGCCAAAUGAAGAAAAAAGUGCUACUAGUUUUCCAGAAACAUCAUAAGCAAGACAUCAUCAUUAAGAAACUGUGUGAUAAGUCUAUGAAAAGGAUGUUUAAAGUUAGCCACAACUAAUAGGUUCAUAUGACUGAAAUUAAAAGUUUACACAUUACUUUUCACUAAAAGUUUUAUCUGUCCUUGAACUAUGAAGUUGAAAGAUUUUUUGUUUCUGCAGUUAGGCCAGUAGGUGAUGUCAAUAAUACAACAGUAAGGUCUCUAUAGUUAAUAUGAAAGUUUAACUUGUUUGUUUUUUAAUUAAAACUAUUAUGGCUGAUCAAAAGUUGUAGAAAUUUACUUUUAAAGGCUA